AUGGCUCUUUCGGCAGGUGCAACAGAUGCCCCUAACCUGGAUGCGAGCCGCAAGAACGUCUCCCCCAAAAGCCACACUGCGCGUCAAACCAGCAAACAACAAAUACGACAUCGCGCCUCUGUCGCCUGUGCAUCAUGUCGCGACCGAAGGAUUCGGUGCGUGGGUCUUGGGAACCAGACUGAAUGCACCGCUUGCUCAAAGUCCGGUACUGAGUGCAUCAUCAAGAAUGACGAUGAACGCAGACGACCUAUCUCCAAAGCAUACAUGUCGUCAUUGUCAGAUCGAAUCUCCAUGCUGGAAGGCUUACUUUUAGAAAAGGGUGUUGCGCCACCUCCUGCGACUCAUCCUCCGAAGACAAGGCGCGAUUUUCAAGACAGCGUAACGAGUACAGCGGGUAACCUAGACCUAUCGCCACAGUCUGAUCCAAGGUCCAUGGGGAACGAAGACCACUCCUUGCCGGAUUCUCACGUUGAUGAUUUUGCAAUACAUGAGAAUAAGUCCGGGGCUGGGAAUCAACGUGAGAAACGACAGCUGCAUUCACGUUCGAACGAGGAUUCGCCGUUUCGUGUCUUAGACUCAAAUCAAGAGGACAUUGUCCAUCGACUCCUAUCUACAAAAGGCAACCUUUCAUUCGACCAAAUCUCUGGACAACUACGUUUCUUCGGUCCUACUGCCAACAGCCAUGUUUAUGCUGAAUCCACAAGCCUAUCUGAUACUUGUGAGCCGCUGGAGCAGAUUCGCCGAGCAGAGAAGAUCAUUCAAUCAUUAAGCCGCGAGACACACGACUAUCUCAUAGAUCAAUUUUUCCAAUAUUACAAUUCGGUUAUCCAGAUCAUUGAUCGAGCUGCUCUUGAAGCCGAUCGGAUAUUAAAAUCUUCCAAGUUCUACUCUCAUUUCCUUUACAUGGCAGUAUUGGGCAUGGGAUAUCGUGCAGCCGAUAUGGAUAGAGACGAUAUGCGCAAAAUCACAGUGAAUCCACGAGAAAGCACGCUCCAUCGAGAAGCCAAACGCAUGCUCGACAUCGAGCUCGAGCGCCCAGGUGGAAUCCCUAGUGUCCAAGCCUUACUGCUACUUGGUGAUCUUGAGUGUGGUGUUGGCAGAGAUAACACUGGUUGGAUGUAUUCUGGAAUGGCAAAUCGCCUUGCUUUUGAUAUCGGUCUACAUCUCGACUGCACAAGUAACAUAUCUGAACAAGAUAACAAGAUUCGAAAUAUGGUCAUGCAAGCGUGCGUUAUCUACGAUCGAUAUUGGGGACUAUUCCUGGGCCGUCCUCUUGCUAUUAAAAGCCAAGAUGUUAACUCCCUCUCAAGCCGAUUUUCACAACUUGUUUCCUUCGGACUUGACGCUCCCAAACUGGAUUUGACCACCGAAAUCUACGAACAGCUCAUCGAGCUAAUGGAACUAGCGGGCCUUAUUGUAGAAAUACGAGAUCUAACUAGUUCCAAUAAAGCUGUGGAACAGAAUGGCAUGUCUGCUACAAAUGAAGCAGAGGAAAACAGGUACUUACAGGUCAUCAAUCUCGACAGGCAGCUUCAAAACUGGUAUCGGCGAUUGCCCGAUCGCAUGGCAUGGAAGCCAAGCAAUGUCAAGACAGCUCCUUACAGCUUUUUUCUAUUACAUCAGCAAUAUCAUGUAACUAUGAUUUUGCUCCAUCGACCAUGGACCAAGUAUGGUUCAAUAUCAGGGGACAGCGCUAGCACAGAGUCACAUCCCAGUCCCGACAGUGAUAGAAUGGCAAAUCCUGAUAGUCCCGGACACCAUCUCGGCCACACCACAGAAGGUUCCUCGAUGUCGACAGAUGAUCGUCAACGGGCUGUCCACGGGAGUCGCACGUCUUUAGCACGCAGUAUAUGCACCCAGCAGGCGAUACGCGUUGCCCGCAUCUUCUGGCAGCACCGUCAGCGGUUCGACGGACGCAAGGUUUUCAUAACUGGGAUCCAGCAUGCUGGUACUGCGUCUAUCGCAUUGAUCGCUGCACUCGCGUAUCAGCGUAACGAGCCAAAUUGCCAAACUUAUAUCGGCUAUCUCGAGAUUCUAUUUGAUGCUGUUAGCGAUAUGAGUACCACAUAUCAUCCAGCCAGUAGGAUGGAUGAUUUACUCAAAGCUGUGCUUGAACAGCUUCGGAGAAACAUGAGCGAUGACUCACGGUCGCGUAGUGGUAGCACGGGUCACCAACCCGUCAGUGGGGGAGCCAGCAGCGCGAGAAGUGGUGACUCUCUCGACAGCAAUCCAUCGGCCCCCGUUGUUCCAGUCAGGCGAGAAGCGGAUGCAGAGUUCAGCCAACCUCUCAAGAAGAGAUGGCCAUCUGUUUACCGACAAGCCUCAGACUUUGCUUCGUCCAAGCCGUCGUUUCUUGGUAUGCCGUCGCAACCCACGCCAUCUCUUGCUGAUAAAGUCUAUGGCAUGCCAUAUGGUCAACAAAGUCAACCACCGCUUGACUCAAUCCUUUUCCCUAUGAGCGUUCACAGCCAACCAGACCAACUUGACCUAGGCUUGGUGGGUGGAAAUGCUGUCAACGUGCAUCAUACCGGAAUUGCUUCGGGACACAUGGUAGGGGGGAUGAACAAUACGAGCAUCUCCAAUCCAUUAUCAGACAAUUGGGGUUUGCCUAACUCGCAGCCGUCUUUUGCUCAGGGUCACUUUCAUGGUGCCAUCGACUGGACGUCUGGUACUGCUGGUCUCAGUGCCAGUUCAGUCUCGAACCAGAACGCUGCCAUGUCGACUGGCAUUAUGUCAGGAAUGGUCGGUUUUGGCUCAAUGAAGGAACCAGGAAAGUUUGGAAACAAUGAGUGGAGUAUGCAUGAGCCAGCAUCAAACAAGCUCCCUCAUAUUGGAGCAAACUGGACCAGUGGUAGCGUAGAGUCAGUGGGUUCAGGGAGUAUGUAUGAGUACGGUCAAAACAUGGGCAAGGCAAUACGUGUUGAUAAAGAAAAUAACGACGAACAGAGAGGUUAUUCUCUGGACUUUGGCAGUUUUGCCUAG